CUUAGUUGCCUAGGUGACAAGGCACCUGGCCACUGCCUUGGAGCCAUGACAGCUAAGAUUUUUGUGUAAUUCUGUUUUUUUCUGAUAACAAAUUCUUGUCAAAGUACCAUCUAAAUUGGUGUGAAAUGAUCUCCCUUCGCACUUGGGCUGCUGUUUCUACUUCCUAACUGCUUCUAAAGUAAUCCUUUGUCUGCCUUUUAUCCAGGUUGUUGUGGACAUGAUUCUUAAUGGAUGCAGCAUGAACUCCAGGAUGUUUGUGAAACCCACGAUCUGUAACCCCACUACACAUAAGUCUGCUUUUACAUGCUUCUCUCAAGUGCAUGCCGGGGUGACAUUUCCUAGGAACAAGAGCUUAUGGGCAGCUUGCAAGGAAGAGUUUUAUUGCCAUUCAAGAGGAUGGCCCAUCAUGCAACUUUCUACUGCAUCAACACCAAUAUUUAGGGGGGAUUAUGGUAGCUUGUCACACACAAUCCCUGUACUACGAAAACGUAGUAUGGUAAACAGAUCUCGUAUGAGUCCAAGAGCAUCCAAAGAUGUACCUUCCAGUUUUCGCUACCCGCAGAUGACCAAAAAGCCUAGGUGGUGGUGGAGGAUGUUAGCUUGCAUCCCAUAUCUAAUGCCUCUCCAUGAGACAUGGAUGUAUGCGGAAACUGCUUACCAUCUCCACCCUUUCUUAGAAGACUUCGAAUUCCUGACUUACCCUUUUCUUGGAGCUCUUGGCCGGUUGCCUGCCUGGUUCUUGAUGGCAUAUUUCUUUACUGCUUAUCUUGGUGUGGUGAGGAGGAAAGAAUGGCCACACUUCUUCCGGUUCCAUGUUGUGAUGGGCAUGCUACUUGAGAUCACCCUCCAGGUUAUUGGGACAGUGAGCCGUUGGUUGCCUCUUGCUUUGUACUGGGGGAAAUUUGGCAUGCACGUUUGGACAGCUAUUGCAUUUGCUUACCUCUUUACUGUGCUCGAGUCCAUGCGGUGUGCUUUGGCUGGCAUGUAUGCUGAUGUUCCCUUCGUAUGUGAUGCUGCAUACAUCCAAAUUCCAUAUGAUUAACCAGGGUAAGGUAAGGGUGAUGAGACUUGGAAAGGAAACACACCUUGUCUAUCUGUCUCUCCUUAAUUUAUGUUGGUUUCGUGGGAUAUACUAUUUGAGGGAAAAAUUGACAGUUUGAUGUUGUAGAUGCAGUUUUUUAUUUAAUAUUUAGAGUUUUUCUUUGAAACUUAAAGAUGUUAUGAAGAUACACUCUUGAUGAUUGAAGGUACAAGGAUAAGUUGUCAA